AUAAACAAGUGAAAAAGCGUUUCCUUUUAAUCAUUUGCUUCGUCUCAAGCUGUAUCGUUUAUCCCCAUUUGUAUUCAAGUAUUAAACACCUUGGAAUCGCGAUCAGCUGAUCCGCAGGAUCGCGUUUCUGUGCCAUUUUGAGGGAUGAUUCGAAUACCAGGAUUAUUGGAGAUACAUUUGUGUUGAACUUCUGGCAUGUAUGGCACGAGAUGCUUUCGAUACGUUUCAUCGUUCUUCGAAAUUGUGAUUGAUCGAAUUCUUCCAACGAUCACGUGAAUUUUUAUCGUUUUAUCGUGUUAACUGAUAAUUGAUGGUGUGCUUAUGAAUGUUAAGACGAAUGAUUCUGUAUUUAAUUUUUUAAUUAAGCGAACCUCGACUGUUUGAAGAGGAGCACGUGGAUAAUGAUGCUUUCGUAACUCGCUCAAUCUUGUGCUCUGAACUGUUAUCGUGGAUUUCUUCUGCUCGAUCAUGCCUGAAUUUAUUCUUCCCAUUAACAGUCUUCGUAAGACGUUUUCGAAUCACUUAGUUGAGGUAAACAGAGUAAUCUGAGGAACUGAUCUAUGCAAGCCUUUUCGUUUCUUCUUCAUACUUUCCCAGGUGUUUUAAUUAAUUUUCAAUUAAUCAAGGACAAACUGUAUCAUGAAAUCCGCAACCUUUCUCAGAGACAACACUGUACAAAUCUGAAAUGAGUGUAUAAAAAUUGAAAUUAAUAUUCCUUUUAAAAUAAAAUAAAAAAGAAGUGAGCUAUCUACCUGUUACAAUAACUAGACAAAAAUGUUUCCUUUUGAUGAUCAUACAAUCACAUCAAGACCUCGAACGGGUUAAGAAACGAAGUACAUCAAUCAUUGUCUAUUGGUAACAGAGUCUCGUUUAUUUAGUAUCUUUUCUAGAGGAAGUUCUCGCGACAGGGUCAGCAACCACCGGUUGAAUUCAUUGCACCGUGCACACUUUUUUUCUUUAGCCAAGGAGGAUAUGGUCACUCGAGAGAAGUGCUCUUAUUAUGCUAGAGGGUCCUCAACAGCGUCGGCUAACAGAUUUCUUAUGCAAUAAAAUUUUCUCUGCGGUGCAGCUGCGACGCGGAGGAAAAGCAAGGAAGAAGCCCCUCGUCGAGCGGCUCGUGGCGAGUAUUAAACGCGGAAAUUCUCGCUUAUUAGCAUCGAUCCCGACCAGCGUUGUGGAAUCAUUCUUUUCAGUCUUUUGUAAUGGGAUCAGCACGUCGCAAGAACGCGACAGCUGUAUUCUUUUUGCGACGAGUAAACUCAGAGACACUGGAUUCUCUUUUCUUGAAAGAUUACCUCACGACGAAGCAUAAUACUUCCUAUCAGAUCAUCCGACAACUAAUUAACUCGCAACUGGAUUGUUAUGCGGCGCGAUAAUGUCGGACCAUUGGGAAGAAGUCGGAUGGGACAAAGAGGCUCUCAGCCAUGCGAACGUUACUCUCACAUGGUACUUGGACGGGCAAGUCGCGUUGCUGGAGCCGGCUUCCGGUCAUAGGAACCAUCAUUCUGGCAGACGACCCACAUUUCUCGUCCCGAUGUACGGCGGUAUUUGGAUCAUGUGCGUCUCCCUUACGGAGGAGGAAAUACGACUACUGGGUCAGGUACGUUUCCCGCAGCAGAGGUGCAUUAACUACUUGACACCCGACGAAGAACACGAGGAGAUUCGUGCCGCCUGGCAAAACCGGAUGCAGAAUUUGAGUAUCUCGUGUUCUCUAGUUUGCCUGAUCAUUCUGGGCACCGCUGUUCUCAUUGGAUUUUUUGGACUGUGCAGGCAUCAGAUAUCGGCGGUUCUCGUUACCGGUGUGAUGUACCUACUGGCAGCCACUUUCGCAUUGUUCACCUUGACGAUCAUUCAUUUCAAAAGAGCCCAGGAUCGAGGGGCGCGGAUAUUGGACGGUCCCGAGGAUGGUGUUAUCGGUGGACCGGCUCCGCGUAACGUCCUCAAGGCGAGACGAUUCACCAGCUCCUGGAGCAUGGACUUCGGAUGGGGCGGAGUUACGCUUUGCGCCCUCGCCUCGGCCGCGUGGAUCUUGCUAAGCAAAAUAAUGCGUUUCAGCCCCAUCGCGGCUAUGAUAGCGUAGCAGUGGGAGGCCUUCGAGGUCUAAGGUCGUUUCCAAGAGUUAUGAUACUGUUUCGAUGUCGGCGACCCUUGCUGUGCGCUCGGCAGGAGAGAGAAUGUUCAUCCAUAAUGUAACAUGGCUCGCUGAUUGGACUGGAAAGCUUCGGUUUGUCCAAAUAUCAAGUGAAUUGCUUGGUGAGAUGUGAAAUUUCAAUCCUGCUUUCAUGAUCAAUCUUGAGGAGUUGUCAAUUCUAUCUUGAAAAUUAAAGAAACUCAGGUGUAUCGCAUAAACUUUGAUAUUUAAGGGGAACAGUUUGGAUACAGGGUCGGGCAUUGGGACAAACUUUCAGUGUAUUUUCUUUUUCAGAAAUUGAAAUGACAAUUGAAAAUGACCACCUCGAAGGCACAUCAUUUUGUUUUAUUAACAGGUAACGUGUGUUGCAUAUUCUUUGUUGAAUCUAGCUUGAAUCUGUGUAAGGCACCACGAGUAAGAAGGAGCACAAUUUUUUGGCCAUCCUUCUGAACGCAAUGUUUUGUACAAUUUAUCAAAUAAUCUCUAGUCUUUGACAAAAAAGAAAGAAAAUAAAUAAAAAGAUAAAUAAUUGGGCAAAGAACUAUAUGUAGAGAAGGGUUGUGCAAGAUACCUGUACUAUAAAAAGGUUCUGAAAUUCUAAAUCUUAUACUUCUAGAUUUUUCAUGUUUUAUUUUUUCUGCCUUUUUAUACAUUAUGAUGGAUUUGAGUGUUUGAAUAAUUCAAAGAUCUUCUCCUCAUAUAGAUCUUUACGGCAACGUAAAAUAUUUAUAAGUGCAUGAAUAUAAGAUAACGCGUAGGAAGAAAGUAAGCUUUCCGGGCUGAAGAAACUAAGAUGUACUAUGAUAAGUAGAACAGAAACAUUACGGAACAGAAUACAAAGUUAUCUCAGUUUUGA